AAGCUGCUUCCGUGGUACUUCACAGAAAUGUCACCGUACGUUUACAGGGCUUUGUGAAGCCCCGUUGUGAGGGCCAGAGAAACGGAAAGUGGUAAAAUAAGGCAAUGAAAUAAAUUACUUCGACGCGGUUUUCGGCUGGACAUAAUAUAUCCAUCAUGUGGUUCAUUAUUGUGUCGUUUUUGUGUAAUUUUGAGACGGCUAGCCCCGAAACCCACACACUGAGAUAUAUCUACACGGCCAUGUCCAAACCCCAGGAUGGGUUUCCUGAAUUCAUAGCCAUGGGUCUGCUGGAUGACAUGCAGAUUGAUUACUACGACAGCAUCAGUCAGGUGAAAGAGCCCAAGCAGACCUGGAUGAAGGAAAACAUGGAACCGGAUUACUGGAAUAAAGGAACGAAGUCUCGCAAGAGCAAGGAGCAGUGGUUCAAAGUCAACGUCAGGAUUUUGGAGAGAAGGUUAAACGAAACACAAAGCCCACACGUUCUGCAGUGGAUGCACGGCUGUACGCUGGAUGAGGACAACAAUAAAGAGGUGCAGGGGUACGACCAGUACAGCUACGAUGGGAAGGACUUCCUGUCCUUUGACAAGAAUGACCUGCAGUGGGUGGCCCCCAUGCAGCCAGCCGUCGCGACCAAACAAAAAUGGGACAACGAGAAAAUUCUGAACCAAUACACCAAGGGCUACCUGGAGAACGAGUGCAUAUCCUGGCUUAAGAAGUUCCUGGGCUACGGAGAAAGGGUUAUCUAUCGCUCUGACAGGCCUGCAGUAACAGUUUUUGCGAAGCCAGUCAAAGACAAAAAAAAACUAACUCUCACCUGCAUGGCUACGGGCUUCUAUCCCAAGACAAUCCACAUUCACUGGAACAAGGACAGGCAGAGGCUUGGUGAGGAGAGGAAUUCCGCUUGGGCCCUGCCUAACAACGACAACACCUUCCAGCUGAGAUCGAGUUUGGAGAUCGACCCAGAGGAGAGAAAGGGAUACUCCUGUGAAGUGCUGCACGGCAGCUUACCAGAACCGCUCUUUACCGACUGGGAUGGAGUCGUUCCUGGUGAAGGGAUCUCGAUUGUGAUUGUGAUUGUGGUUGGGAUUCUGAUUGCUCUUGCCAUUGCAGUGGUCGGCUUCUUUAUCAAGAUGAAGAUAUCUGCUUGAAUCCACCACCUUCUCUCCUUCCUCAUCCACAAAGGACCUUAGUGUCACCCUUGACCCCUCCCUCUCCUUCUCCCAGCUAGGGAUGCAUCGAAUCCAAGUUUUUGGGAUUUGGCCGAA